AUGCGAGUGCGGGAUGUUGCAGCUCAAGAAAUGAGGAGGGGUGGGGCGUGUGGGUAUUGCUCUGAGGUGCAUGCGGGACCAUGGGGACACAGUGUGAAGCUGUGCGGGGAGUUCAAACACCAGUGGAGAGACGGAAAGCAUGGAUGGCAAGAUGCUCUUGUGGACGAGAUCUUUCCUCCGAACUAUGUGUGGCAUGUGAGAGACCUUAAGGAGCAUCCGCCUAGUGGAAGUCUCAAGAGUGGAGCUCGUGUUCCUCAAUGCUACAAGGCAAUGAUGAGAAUAAAAUAUUGGAAAGUCGAGAAAUUGAAAGAAAAGAGGGAUGUUGCUAGUAGUAGUAGUACUAGCAGGAGAAAUCAAGCAAGCAUGGCUUCAAUGCGGAGUUUGCCGAUGGAGAAUGGAUCGUACCGAGAAGAAUCACAAGUUCUAAAGUACAACUCCACGAAAAUGAUCACUAAGUCUACAGCUUUGGACUCAAAACGGAUAAUUCCCACGGGUCCAAAUCCACUUCACAACAGUAUCUAUCUUCUUGUGUAA